AUGCUUAUAACGACGUCUCAUUUAGGUCUCUUAAUCAUCUUAAUAUCCAUACUACGAGCAUCUGAUACCAAUCAUGUUUCAUCCAGUUUUAAACGGGAACCAGAUCUAAUCAGAUAUAAAGAACCUGAUUAUCUGCCGCCGAAACCUUUUUCAUUCAAAAAUUUAAUAUUCAAAAUACUAGGAUUAGAAUAUGACUCUGACACUGAUGAUGAUGAUGAUGAUGGAGGAGGAGGAGAAUCAGAAUCAUCAUCUUCUGAUAAAGGACCACCAAGCCUGGAUUCAGAACUGGAAGAUAUUAUAGAAAAAACACCACCAAAGGAUUUGUCAUCAUCUAGUGAAAGUGAUAGUGAGACUGAUAUGGAUAUUCCAAGACUUUGCAACGUAUCCUGUACCAAAUCUGAAUCCAGCUUUUGGGCCUCUGGAUUAUUUACCACAACCACAACAACAACCACCUCAAUAUUAUCCAAAUAA